AAGGUUAGAAAUAUUAGCUAAAAGGUUGUUUAUAUACCCAGAAAGGGACAGAUCUAAAGGGUGGUAACCUAAUUUUAUUGGGUGCCAUCCCUGGAGCACUGGACAAGCCUCCAAGAUGAUGGAGAUACAGAUAGACGAUGGGGUGGUGUACCAGGAUGACUACUGUUCCGGGUCGGUUAUGUCGGAACGGGUGUCGGGGCUGGCCAAUAGCAUCUACAGGGAGUUUGAGCGUCUGAUCCAGUGUUAUGAUGAAGAGGUGGUCAAGGAGCUGAUGCCCCUGGUGGUCAAUGUGCUGGAGAACCUGGAUGCUGUCCUGACCGAGAACCAAGAACAUGAGGUGGAAUCGGAGCUUCUGAAGGAGGAUAACGAACAAUUGUUGACGCAGUAUGAACGGGAGAAGGCACUCAGGAAGCAGGCGGAAGAGAAAUUUAUCGAAUUUGAAGAUGCUCUUGAACAAGAGAAGAAGGACCUCCAGUAUCAGGUGGAAAGCUUGGAAUUUCAGUCCCGGCAGCAGGAGCUAAAGACCAAAAACUAUGCUGACCAAAUUUCCAGAUUAGAAGAAAGGGAGUCAGAGAUGAAAAAGGAAUACAAUGCCUUACACCAACGGCACACCGAGAUGAUCCAGACAUAUAUGGAACACAUCGAACGAUCAAAGCUGCAGCAGGUAGCUGGAAACAGUCAGUCAGAGGGCGGCACAGGCCGAAGUCACCGCCAGACAUGGAGGAAGAGCCGAAAGGAGCGCCCAACUUCACUAAAUGUCUUUCCACUGGCGGAUGGAAUGGUACGUGGGCACAUGGGGGGCAAGAUCACCCCAAGCUCGGACCACUGGCACCUGAGUGACCUCAGCCAGCUAAAGUCCAGCUUCAGCUACAAGGACGAGAUGUCAGAAUCUGGCCAGUCCUCAGUGGCAGCAACACCAAGCACCACAGGUACAAAAUCCAAUACCCCCACGUCAUCCGUCCCAUCGGCAGCCGUGACCCCGCUACACGAGAGCCUCCAGCCCCUUCAGGACUACGGCAUGACCGGAAAAAGCAAGAGGUCUCGGGAGAAACGACACAGCCAUAAUAUGGAGGUGCAGGUGACCCAGGAGAUGAGAAAUGUCAGCAUAGGCAUGGGAAGCAGUGAUGAGUGGUCUGAUGUCCAAGAUAUUAUCGAUUCCACCCCAGAACUGGACAUGUGUCAGGAUCCAAGACUAGAACGUACAGUAAGCAGUCCAACACAAGGCAUUGUAAACAAAGCUUUUGGAAUCAACACUGACUCUUUGUACCAUGAGUUGUCCACUGCGGGGUCCGAAGUAAUCGGUGAUGUUGACGAAGGAGCAGAUCUACUUGGAGAGUUCUCAGUGAGGGAUGAUUUCUUUGGGAUGGGAAAAGAAGUGGGCAACUUGCUUCUAGAAAACUCCCAGCUUCUUGAAACCAAGAACGCAUUAAAUGUGGUAAAAAAUGACUUGAUUGCAAAGGUGGAUCAACUAUCGGGAGAGCAGGACGUUCUCAAAGGGGAACUGGAAGCUGCUAAACAGGCCAAGGCCAAAAUGGAGACGCGGGUUAAGGAGCUGGAGGAAGAACUUAAGAGGGUGAAGUCGGAAGCCAUUGUGGCCAUGCAAGAACCCAAAGAGGAGGUGGAUGAGAGCUCUUCCCCCCUGCAGGAUAACAUCCCUAUUGCUCAGCGUAGGCGCUUUACCCGUGUAGAGAUGGCCCGUGUCCUGAUGGAAAGGAACCAGUACAAGGAGCGUCUCAUGGAACUGCAGGAGGCAGUCAGGUGGACAGAAAUGAUCAGGGCCUCCCGGGAACACCCGUCCGUCCAGGAGAAAAAGAAGUCAACCAUCUGGCAGUUCUUCAGCAGAUUAUUCAGUUCAUCAUCCAGCCCUCCUCCUUCAAAGAGGAGCUACCCCUCUGUCAACAUCCACUACAAGUCCCCAACACCAGCUGGGUUUAGCCAACGUCGCAGCCACACCAUGUGCCAGAUAUCCACAGGAGGACGCACCAUAGAGUUCUUCCCUGAUGAAUUGAGAAGUAACACUGUGGCUUCUCUCCUCAGCGACUGCGCAUCCUCAGCUCGCCGUGAGCAGAAACGGGAGCAGUACCGCCAAGUGCGGGAACAUGUGCGCAAUGACGACGGUCGCCUGCAGGCUUGUGGGUGGAGCUUACCUGCUAAGUACAAGCAGCUGAGUCCGAAUGGAGGACAAGAGGAUAAUCGCAUGAAGAAUGUUCCAGUGCCUGUCUACUGCAGGCCUCUUGUGGAGAAAGACCCCACUAUGAAGUUGUGGUGUGCAGCUGGAGUGGAUUUAACUGGUUGGAAGCCAGUUGAGGAUGAAUCUGCAGUUGGCGUCAAAGCAGUAACUGGUCGGGAUCCUCUGUCGACUGAAUCAGAAGUGGAAGGGGAGAGCAAAAGCACGCAUACGUCACCUGAGAAGAAGAAGACGAAGGAGCUUCAUGAAGCUGAUACCACCUCCAGCCGAGUAUGGAUCCUUACCAGCACUUUGUCUACAAGCAAAGUUGUCAUCAUUGAUGCCAACCAGCCGGGCACCCUGGUAGACCAGUUCACAGUCUGCAAUGCCCAUGUGCUGUGCAUUUCCAGUAUUCCUGCUGCCAGUGACAGCGAUUACCCACCGGGCGAGAUAUUUCUGGAGGGAGAUGUCAACCCCGAGGACUCAGGUGACACUGACGGGGUCCUGGCAGGAAUCACCAUUGUAGGGUGCGCCACUAGAUGCAAUGUGCCACGAAGCAACUGUUCCUCUCGGGGUGAUACCCCAGUACUGGACAAGAGUCAGGGGGAGGUCUCCACUACCAGUAAUGGUAAACUCAACCAGCACCAAUCAGCAGAGGAAGCUACGGAAGCCUUCGAGGUAUCAGAAGCCGCCACCAGCGAAGCAGAACCAUCACAGGUCCGAUCAGGGACUCUCACAGAGCAUGUCUUCACUGACCCGGCACCUGUGGCCAAUGGCAGGCUCUGCAGUGAAAAUGGACAUCUAAAGCCAGAAGUAAAUACAGCACAGCAAGAGGCAGAGCCAAGCAACGAGACUUCUGCAGGCACAAGUGCAGCACCCACAAUGUGGCUUGGAGCACAAAAUGGCUGGCUGUAUGUUCACUCAGCAGUUUCCAACUGGAAGAAGUGUCUGCAUUCUAUAAAGCUAAAGGAUUCAGUAUUGAGUCUUGUGCAUGUCAAAGGACGGGUUUUGGUGGCUCUAGCAGACGGGACAUUGGCCAUUUUCCACCGGGGAGAAGACCGACAAUGGGACCUCAGUAAUUACCACUUGAUGGACCUCGGACACACACAUCAUUCCAUCCGUUGCAUGGCUGUAGUAUAUGACAGAGUCUGGUGUGGAUAUAAGAACAAAAUACACGUGAUUCAACCCAAAACCAUGCAGAUAGAGAAGUCAUUUGAUGCUCAUCCUCGAAGGGAGAGCCAGGUGCGACAGCUAGCCUGGAUCGGAGACGGAGUGUGGGUAUCGAUUCGGUUAGAUUCCACGCUCAGGUUGUACCAUGCGCACACCCACCAACACCUUCAGGAUGUGGACAUUGAGCCUUAUGUCAGUAAAAUGUUAGGAACUGGAAAAUUAGGGUUCUCCUUUGUGCGAAUCACAGCUCUUCUUAUUGCCGGCAAUCGCCUCUGGGUGGGAACCGGAAAUGGAGUGGUCAUCUCAAUACCCCUCACAGAGACGGUAGUCCUACAUCGGGGGCAGCUGCUGGGGCUGAGGGCCAACAAGACAUCUCCCACUUCUUCUGGAGAGGGAGCACGGCCUGGUGGAGUAAUUCAUGUGUACAGCGAUGAAAACAGUGACAAGACUGCAGGGAGCUUCAUCCCAUACUGCUCCAUGGCCCAGGCACAGCUCUGCUUCCAUGGCCACCGUGAUGCUGUCAAGUUCUUUGUGUCUGUACCAGGUAAUGUUCUGGCCACACUGAACGGCAGCAUCCUGGACAGUCCAUCUGAGAACCCAGGAACCCCAUCUGCAGAAACAGAGGAGCAGAAACUAAAAAAUGUGCUAGUACUAAGCGGAGGAGAGGGAUACAUUGACUUCCGUAUUGGGGACGGUGAAGAUGAUGAGUCAGAAGAGAAUUCAGGAGACGGCGCCAAUCAGAACAAACCUGUGCUUUCUAAGGCAGAGAGAAGCCACAUCAUUGUGUGGCAGGUGUCGUAUCUCCCAGAAUAAUUGCACCCUUCGCCUUUUUCCCAGAAUGCCAAAACGCCUCCUGCUUCUCUGCACCCGCUGAAAAAAAACUGAGACCUGGACCCAGCACUGCUGUAAACUCCUGGAACUCCUCCUCCUCUUACAUCUCCUAUCUGAUGUCCCCAGCACCUCCCUCCACUCCAGAGCCUGAUGAAGCCGCCACCAACUUGGAAAUCCAAUGUAUUUCUGCCCUAUUCUGAUUGGAUCCUACCAGGAGAAGGUUUAAGCAGUGACAGACAUGAUACAACAUAUAUCCUCUGGGCAGAACUGGAUGGCCACUGUCUUCCCAGCCCUCCUGGGUGUCUUUUGUGGCAUUACAUUGAAGAUGGUCACCAUUUGUCUUACUGCUAAAAAGAUCUGGCAUGAAAUGGAAGAAUAUUGUUCAUGAGGCUCUGCUAUGAUGCCAAACCAUUUUCC